AGAAGAGCCUAGUGGAACCUGCCAGCAGCAGAACGGUUCGUUCGGUUUCAGCCCCAUACAGAAACCUGAGCGUCUGCUUUCCUCCUCCCAGUGGAUUUUAAGCUAAAGUAACACGUAUGCUGAAUACAGACUGACACAUCACAGUCGAAGGUGAACAUGGGGACAGAUUUGGCCUACAACUUUGUCUUUAAAGUGGUUUUAAUUGGUGAAUCUGGGGUUGGCAAGAGUAACCUGCUGUCAAGAUUUACGAAAAAUGAAUUCAAUCACGACAGCCGCACUACCAUUGGAGUGGAAUUCAGCACCCGCUCCAUUCAAGUGGAUAAUGUUACUAUCAAGGCCCAGAUCUGGGACACCGCAGGUCUAGAGCGCUACCGGGCCAUUACAUCAGCGUAUUACAGGGGUGCUGUGGGUGCCCUGCUUGUUUAUGACAUCACCAAGCAAUUGACCUAUGAGAGCGUUGAACGAUGGCUGAAGGAACUCUAUGAUCAUGCUGAUCCACAUAUAGUGGUCAUGCUUGUGGGAAAUAAAAGUGACCUGGACACUCUACGUACUGUACCAAGGGAAGAAGCCAAAGAUUUUGCAGAGUCCAAAGACUUAAUUUUUAUGGAAACUUCAGCAUUGGAUUCAACUAAUGUUGAAUCUGCCUUUCUUGAAGUUCUAUCAGCGAUCCACAAGAAGGUCGCGAGUAGAGAGGUCACCAGGGGAUCUAUCAGUGCUGUGAUGCUGGGUCACAUGGGCCCCACAAGCGAGUUUCAAGAGGAAAAAAGAGGCUGUUGUAACAACUCCUAGAAGGAUGAAUGAACAUCCACAAAGUCACAAAGCCUUCAAGAGACAUUUAUCAAUAACAUGGAUUUCAUGUUACACUUUGAUGCAUGUUGCAUGUCUUUACUCUUGUUCCUGAUUGGACACUGGUGAGAGAAAAGGGGGUGUGGUCCAAGGUUUGGUUAAGGUUAUCGUUUUGUUUACUCCUGGUAGAUGUAAACAACAGGCAUUGAUGAUUUGUGUUGUUUAACUGUAAAAUAUGAAUGGAGAUUAAUGUAAAUUAUUUUACUAGACAGAAACACGUGUCAUAGUAUUUUAUUGCUUUAUCUAACAGUGUCUUUUGUAUAAGACAUUGUUAUAUUCUUCUGUCCUAUAAUUACAUUAUAAAACUAUUUAUUUAGCAUUGAAAUGUUAUGUUUUUUACACGCAUACAGUGGAGAAUGCCUUUUGAUAGUUUGACAUUUAAUAUACACAUGGAUGGUCCAUAAAGACUAUAUUUUUGCAUACAAAUCCUUGUAUUUAGUAACGUUUUAGUCUUAAGACCUUCCGUGACAUAAAAAAAAAAUGAGCAACUUCUCUUUUCUCUACACAUCUGCCUACAGUACGUCUGAUACACCUACCUGUAACAAUUUAGGUGUUAGAUGAACAUUUGUGUCUUAAAAUGUUUCAUUAACAGAUGUAGAUGUCACUUUAAGUCUUUUGUUUACAUUUAUUACAUCUGAGUGAUGGCCAAUGACUCAUACAAAUAAAUAAUACAAAACUAUAAUUAAA